AUGCCAACAUUUGACUCAACUGAGAGCUCUUUGAGCUGUUAUGCUGAGGACAACUACGAGCAGCAGCUGCAGCGGCAGCAGCAGCAGCUGGAGGAGCAGCAGCUGCAGGAGCAGCAGCAGCAGCCGCAGCAGCCGCAGCAGCAGCAGCAGCAGCAGCAGCAGCAGCAAGAAGAGGAGCAGCUGCAAAGGAGGAGGAGCAGCAGAAAGGCAGCAACAAUAUGGUUAAUAAAAACAGCAAAAGAGAGAGAAAGGAGAUUGUUUAGAUUUGCUGUUGUCUCCUUUGCUGCUGCUGCUCUUGUUGCUGCGCUGCUGCUUAUUGCACCCUCAUGCUUGGUGGUGAUAAGGGGGAGGUCUACGUUUGCUGCUGAGCUGCAUGUACUGUCUUUCUUUUCAAUCGCAAAAAAUAAAACAGAAUAUUUAGCCAAAGACGAGCAGCAGCAGGAGCAGCAGCAGCAGGAGCAGCAGCAACAGCAGCAGCAGCAACCUGCUGCUGCUUCUGUUGCUGCUGAUCAAGCUCCGGCUGCUACUGCUGCUGCUGAUCAAGCUCCGGCUACUGCUGCUGCUGCUGCAGGCGGUGCAGCAGGCGCAGCAGCGUCAGGAGACACUGACAACAAGCAGCUGCUGCAGCAGGCAGAGCAGCAGGAGCAGCAGCCGCAGCAGAAGCAGCAGCAGCAGAAGCAGCAGCAGAAGCAGCAGCAGCAGGAUGAGGGUAAAAGGCAGCAGCAACAGCCGCACCUGCUGCAGCACGCCAAAGAGACUCGAGUAGACAGUAGCGGCGACAGCAGCAGCAGCAAUAACAACAACAGCAGUAACAGCAGCAAUAGCAUCAACUGCAGCAGCAGCAGCAGCAGCAAAGGGGAAGGAGACAGCGAGGAGACAGGUGCAGAUACACCUGAAGAGACAGCAGCAAACAGCCAGACUCUGCGGCUGGAGGUUGGAGACAGACAAGACUACAACAAAAACACUCUUCUCUUUUCUCUCGCUCUUCGUGCCUGCGCACAUGCAUGCAAGAAACAUCCGCAGCAGCAGCAGCAGCAGCAGCAACAGCAGCAGCAAAAUGAAUCUCCUGAUGUGUAUAUGUCUCUGGCUGGUGAAGAGGGAUCCCCUCGCAGCAGCGCACAUAAAAAGAGACACGUGGAAGGCAGCAGCAACAGCAGCAGCAGCAGCAGCAGCAGCAUAAACACAAAUGCUGAUGCUGCUGCUGCUGCUGCUGCUGCGUCCCUUGCUGCCUAUCGGCAUACACCAUACCACGCGCAGCACCAGCAGCAGCUGCAGCAGCAGCAGCAGCAGCAGCAGCAGAAGGGGGACCUAGAUCUUUCUACUGAAACUGCUGCUGCUGUCCCUCUGUUGCUGUCUCCUGAUGGCGGCAGCAGCAGCCGCAGGAGCAGCAGAAGCCGCAGCAGCAGAGCAGCAGCAAAGGCAGCAACAAAAGCAGCAGCAGAGGCGCUGCACUGCAACAACACCGCAAUACCUUUUCUUGUUGCUGUUGUUACACUGCUACUGCUCCAGCGUUCGUCUGGGAGGAGCAGCGUGGGGUUUGCUGCUGCUGCUGCCGCUGCUGCUGCUGACGCGCUUCUUGCUGCAGCAGUUGCUGCUGCAGCAGACACACCUCUCCUGCUUCACCAAGAGAUUGGAGAAUGGGGAGGAGCAGCAGCAGCAACAGCAGCAGCAGCAGCAGCCCUUGCGGCGUCUCUCAUCUCUACCGUAGCGGCCCAGCAGCCGUUGCUGCUAUUGCUGCAGCAGCAGCAGCAGCAGCAGCUGCUGCUGCAGCAGCAGCAGUUCACAAUGACACAAGCUGCAAGGGCAGCAGCCAUACGAUCAACAUCAUUACCAUAG